AUGUAUGUUCAACCGCUGGCCAACCGCCAAGCCUCUCCAACCGACGUUGACGAGUUCCUCACCAAGCACCCCCGCUCCACGUGGGCGACAGGCGAGCCCAAUCUCGCCCUCCCCGAGCUCAAGGAGUACCUCACCAAGUACCAGGACCCGCAACAAGCCGACUCCAUUCUCAAGAUCCAGAAGGAGCUCGACGAGACCAAGAUUGUGCUGCACAAGACUAUCCAGAGCGUUCUGGAGCGUGGUGAGAAGAUUGACGACUUGGUGGCCAAGAGUGAUGGCCUGAGCUCCCAGAGCAAGAUGUUCUAUCAGCAGGCAAAGAAGCAAAACUCAUGCUGCAUCGUCAUGUAA